GCCGCUUGGGCUCCUGCGUGGGGAAAGGACAGAUCCAGCGCUUCGGGAGGGGACGCUGCCUCACUGCUCGUAUAUGGCAAAGUUUCUCGCCGAGCUCCUGGGCUGCACGUUGCCGAGCAAGGGCGCCUCUCCCAUGUUUGAGUCCAAGAGUCAUUCCCGAGUUGGCCUGAAAGCAAGUGUGAAGCAAAAGGCCACCGUUUUUAGCACGUUGGGCAGUGAGAAGUCCUUAUCUGACAGCAAAAAGGAACAGCAAUGGAAAACUUCAGUGUACAGCAGCAUAACUCCAGUCUGCUUUACAAGCCCUCUGAUUGAGAAGCCAAUUGGCAAAGAAAGCAUGCCUCAGACGCCUCCCUUUUCCGCAAUGUUUGAUAGCAGUGGUUACAACCGAAACCUCUAUCAGUCUGCAGAAGACAGCUGUGGAGGGCUGUAUUACCAUGACAACAACCUCCUCUCUGGAUCCCUGGAAGCACUCAUCCAGCACUUAGUACCUACUGUGGACUACUAUCCUGAUAGAACAUACAUAUUUACCUUUCUACUCAGUUCUCGGUUAUUUAUGCACCCGUAUGAGCUAAUGGCCAAAGUUUGCCACUUAUGUGUUGAGCACCAGAGACUAAGUGACCCUAACAGUGAUAAGAGUCAGAUAAGAAAAAUUGCACCCAAAAUCCUUCAACUCCUGACAGAAUGGACAGAAACGUUUCCUUAUGAUUUCCGGGAUGAAAGAAUGAUGAGAAACUUAAAAGACCUGACUCACCGAAUAGCCAGUGGCGAGGAGACAUAUAGGAAGAACGUCCAGCAGAUGACCCAGUGUCUGAUCCGCAAACUUGCUGCUCUCAGCCAGUACGAGGAAGUCCUGGCAAAAAUCAGCUCCACAUCUACAGAUCGGCUCACAGUACUCAAGACCAAACCACAGUCCAUACAGAGGGACAUCAUCACUGCCUGCAGUGACCCUUACACGUUGGCCCAGCAGCUGACUCACAUAGAGCUGGAAAGGCUCAAUUACAUUGGACCAGAAGAAUUUGUUCAGGCAUUUGUGCAGAAGGACCCUUUGGACAAUGACAAGAGUUGCUACACUGAACGGAAGAAAACACGAAACUUAGAGGCUUAUGUGGAAUGGUUUAACCGCCUCAGCUACUUGGUUGCUACAGAAAUCUGCAUGCCUGUAAAGAAGAAGCAUCGGGCAAGGAUGAUUGAGUAUUUCAUUGAUGUCGCUCGAGAGUGUUUUAACAUUGGCAACUUUAAUUCCUUGAUGGCAAUAAUCUCUGGCAUGAAUAUGAGCCCAGUCUCUCGAUUAAAGAAAACUUGGGCCAAAGUGAAGACCGCAAAGUUCGACAUUCUUGAGCAUCAGAUGGACCCUUCCAGCAAUUUCUAUAAUUACCGAACAGCUCUUCGUGGGGCCGCACAGAGGUCUUUAACUGCUCACAGCAGCAGAGAGAAGAUUGUGAUACCAUUCUUCAGUCUUUUAAUCAAAGAUAUUUAUUUCCUCAACGAGGGCUGUGCCAACCGCCUUCCGAAUGGCCACGUCAACUUUGAGAAAUUUUGGGAACUGGCCAAACAAGUGAGUGAAUUCAUGACGUGGAAACAAGUGGAAUGCCCGUUUGAGAGGGACCGGAAGAUCUUGCAGUACCUGCUCACAGUGCCAGUCUUCAGUGAGGAUUCUCUGUACUUGGCUUCCUAUGAGAGCGAAGGACCUGAAAAUCACAUAGAGAAAGACAGAUGGAAGUCUUUAAGGUCAAGCCUCUUAGGCCGAGUUUAACAGACUGGAUUCUGGCUGCUGCUGGGUCACGCAGUCCUGAGGGCUCUGGCCUUUGUCCUCUGGCAUCUAGUGCUACGAAAAGUCACAAAGUCCCUGCAAGCAAUCUCACUGAAGAGCAGACGGGAUCCGAUUCCCCACAGCUGACAGACUGACUCAGAUUUUGCAAGACUGAAGUGUUCUCUGAAGACACUUGAGGAGGAACUCUCUGAAGACCCUGGCUCCACACAUGACUCAUCUCCUGGAAUUUCCAUGUGAAUCACAGCUCUGCACCUGGAUGGAGCUUUCUUUUGUGUGUGUGUUUUUCUUAUUUGGUUGAACAUUUGCUGCUAAUGGGACUUGUCCAGCAGAGUGCUGGCUCUUAGGAAGCCCACGUUCCUUUGUUAACUUAAGUGGAAAAGGGAGAGGGGGGAGAGGAAAGAACCCUCCCAUGAGAUCCCGAACUUCAGCUCAGCGGUAUGGCCAGGAGGAAGAGGACUGGUUGGAAGCUGACUGUGGACUUAGUGUGUGCUGUGUUGUGAAUUUCUCUCCUCCCUCUUCCGAUGAGGUUUUGAGUUGGCUGCUGGUUAGCAAACUCCUUUGUACCCAUAUAAGUUAUUUAAUAUAAUAAUGAAGCUCAACACUGUGGUAGGAAAAUAGCCACUAGGAAAAAAAAAAAGCAGAGUUUGUCAUUGGACUGCUUGAUGUUCUAGAAGGAGUAUUUCUUUUCUUUACCCAUCUGAGCUGUUUACCACUGACCACUGUGUUGGACAGAUGUAUUUUUCAGUAGUUUUUUGUUACUUAGUUUUCCAUAACGCAUAUAUUUUUUUCUCUUGUAAAUUUAAAUUAUCUGACUUUAAGGGUGUUGGAAAACCCAAAACCUAAUUACAACUUAAUUUUUUUUAACAGACUGUUAUUUUUCCUUGCCUUUUGGAGGCUGCUGGUGACUAAACAUGUGAACAAAGAAUAAACUGGAAAAGUUACCACCCCCGCCACAGCAGUGAACAAAACAAAUGACAAACAUCUUGCUGUUAACUCAGAGUUCCAUCUGAUUGUGAAAUAGUGCACCUUGUCAAACAUCUAAAUACGUCUGUAGUUGCUCUGUAAAAUGCUAUUAUAUUUAUUUACUCUAGGAGAAGCUAUAGAGUAGUAAACCGUGCUAAUGAAAAAACAAAACAUCCUGUUCAAAACAGAGAUGUGUUUGAAAACUUUAAUGACGCGGUUCCCCAAACAGAGCAUGUACGUGUGCUGCACGCCAUCUCAGCAGACCUGACGCGUCUCCCCGCUGUCCCUUUACCACUCUCAAUAGAUUUCACACUCUGCA